AUGGCUAUUACAGAGGAUUGGCAAGCGCUAGUAGAUCAAAAGCUCAUUGAUCGCGCCUCACAAAUUCCUCCAGCAUGGAAACUUUCCAGCGACUUGACCGAACUUGUUCGUCCAGACGCUUCAAUUAGUGCCUUUGACUUGUUGCGGAGAACCACUCUUCUCAGCCCAAGAGAACUUGAAAUCACAGAGACAUACAGUGCAGAAAAGCUCGUUGGAUUGCUUGCAACUCGUCAAAUCACCUCGUUGGAAGUGACUACCGCUUUCUGCAAGCGGGCUGCAAUUGCACAGCAGCUGACUAACUGCCUGACCGAGAUAUUCUUCGAGCAGGCAAUAGAGCGAGCCAAGGAACUCGACGAGUACAUCCUGAAGAACGGACGUCCGAUGGGUCCGUUUCACGGCCUUCCGAUAAGUCUGAAGGACACCUUCAUGAUAGAAGGCCAAGCAGCUACACUGGGCUUUAUCUCCUUCCUCAGGAAGCCAACUGCGACCAAAAACUCUUCUCUGGUCGAGAUGCUCCUCGAGGGAGGCGCAGUAUUGUACGUCAAGACAAACGUGCCUCAGACACUUUUCACAUGCGAAUCUUACAAUAGACUCUUCGGUACAACCAUGAACCCGCAUAACCUGAGUCUAACCGCAGGUGGAAGCAGCUCCGGCGAAGGAGCACUAGUAGGUAUCAGGGGAUCUAUCCUAGGAGUUGGGAGUGAUAUCGGUGGCUCGAUACGAGUCCCGUCUCUAUGCAAUGGUAUCUACGGGUUCAAGCCCACUACCAAUCGCGUGCCGUAUGGAGGCCAACAAGAAUUACUCCGAAGAGGGUGGCCGGGGAUUCUCCCUGCUGCUGGGCCACAUGCCCAAUCUGCAUCGGACCUGACGUUUUUUGUUCGAUCGGUUCUUCUUUCCAAGCCAUGGCUGAGGGACUCCACUGCCUUGGCCGUACCAUGGCGAGAGAUCCCGAGGAAGACACGGCUUACCAUCGGGGUCUUCUUGAAUGAUCCGAUGUUUCCGGUUUUCCCUCCAAUCGCCCGGGCGUUGCAGGCUGCGGUAGCUAAGCUGAAGAGUGCUGGGCAUGAGGUUAUUAUUGUGACCGCUCCGCCCCUAAUCACAGGAGUAAACGGAGCGACGCGGUCCCUUAUGCUGGAUACUAAUGACACGAUCUCCAAGUAUCUAGCAGAGUCGGGAGAAGAUCCAGUCGAGUGUGUCCGCCAACUCAAUCCAGCAGCUCUACUCAACCAGGAUGUAUAUUCACUAGACGAUGUGUGGCAAUUCAUCGCCGAGAGAGAGGACUACAGAGAAGACUGGGGCAAGGUAUGGCGGGAAAACCAGCUCGACGUUCUCCUUUGUCCAGCUUCUCGGGGAACAGCCGUACCGCAUGACAAGUACGGGGCUCCUGUAUACACUUUGAUCUGGAAUUUUCUUGAUUUUCCUGCGAGCGUUAUUCCCUACGAACAUGCCAGCAAAGCACUGGAUACGGCGGAAAUGGAUGGAUUUGACGGAGCACCUUGCCAUGUGCAAAUUGUUGGCUGGCAGUUCCAGGACGAGGAAGUUCUUUCUGCGACGGAGACUAUUGCUGAGGUUCUCAACUCAUGA